UUGGCAACGUGCGCUACAGCCUCUCUAGUUUCGCGGUGAGAAGUAGCAAUAAUAACCGAGUGAAAAACAAACGCGUGCAAGAGCUGUCAGCGGUUUCAAGGGAAUUUUUACAUCGAGCAAUAAUUAAGUACCUUAGUUAAAACAAGUCAUUCGAGUUGUGCUGUGUCCGUAUAGCGAGUAAAACAAGCCCAGUUGCAAUGUUAAAUGUGCUAACUUUAAGCACGCAAAGUCGCCGACGUCGGCGUCGCAGUUCGCAUUGUGUAUAAUAAAAUUGGCGAAAGGCGAAAUGAAUUGAGCAGGAUCCAAAGAGCAGGAGGCGGAGGCGCUGGGGGCGGGGCAGCCAGGAGCGGCAGGAUACGAUACUAGAAAGCAGAGGCGAAGAUGUGCGCGCACAAUACAAAAAAUUACAAAGCAUACUUUUGGGAGCGGCAAAUGACCAAAAUCAACAGAAGCAGCAAAAGCAAAAGCAACACCAACGCCAAGGCAGCGACGCCAGCAGCGGCAGCAUCUCUAAGCCCAAAAACAAAAACAAAGCCAGUAACAACAGCAGCAGCAACAACAGCGAUGUCACCGUUACAACGGAACCUUCCCAAAUAAGCAAUAGGUUAGAGCAAGAGGGCACGCGAGCGCCACAAGAGAGCGACGAAAGCGAGAGAGGGAGCGAGAACGAGCGCUAGCAAGGUCUGGGGAAAAUGGCCAACGCCUUGCGUGGGUGCAGCGAAAAGGAUAAGCAGCGGAUGAGGCUCAACUAAGAGACAAGCCAAUCACAGAGAUAGAGAGAGAGAGAGAAAGCAAGCGACAGCGAGCAUCGUAAUCCUUACAGCUGCAAAGUAGGUAAAAUCACGUAUCCGCCAUGGAGCCGGUCAUGAGUCUGGCAUUGGCCGCCCAUGGACCGCCCAGCAUACUAGAGCCGCUGUUUAAGACCGUAACCACGAGCACAACGACCACCACCACGACGACGACCAGCACGACGACGACGACGGCGAGUCCUGCAGGGUAUUCGCCAGGAUACCCGGGCACCACGCUCCUGACCGCCCUGUUCGAGAACCUGACGUCCACGGCGGCGAGCGGGCUAUACGAUCCCUAUUCGGGAAUGUACGGAAACCAGACGAACGGCACCAUGGGCUUCGAGACGAAGGGACCGCGGUACUCACUGGCCUCCAUGGUGGUCAUGGGCUUCGUGGCGGCGAUUUUGAGCACGGUGACGGUGGCGGGCAAUGUCAUGGUGAUGAUAUCCUUCAAGAUCGACAAGCAGCUGCAGACGAUCAGCAACUACUUCCUGUUCUCGCUGGCCAUCGCGGACUUCGCCAUCGGCGCGAUAUCGAUGCCGCUCUUUGCGGUGACCACAAUCCUGGGCUACUGGCCCUUGGGUCCCAUCGUCUGCGACACCUGGCUGGCCCUGGACUACCUGGCCUCGAAUGCUUCAGUGCUGAACCUGCUGAUCAUCAGCUUCGAUCGGUACUUCAGUGUCACUCGACCGCUGACGUACCGCGCCAAAAGGACCACCAACCGGGCGGCGGUGAUGAUUGGCGCCGCCUGGGGCAUCAGCCUGCUCCUCUGGCCGCCCUGGAUCUACAGCUGGCCCUACAUCGAGGGCAAGCGGACGGUGCCCAAGGACGAGUGCUACAUCCAGUUCAUCGAGACCAACCAGUACAUCACCUUCGGCACGGCACUGGCCGCCUUCUACUUCCCGGUCACCAUCAUGUGCUUCCUCUACUGGCGCAUCUGGCGCGAGACGAAAAAGCGGCAGAAGGACCUGCCCAAUCUGCAGGCGGGCAAGAAGGACUCCAGCAAGAGAUCAAACAGCAGUGACGAGAACACGGUGGUGAAUCACGCCUCUGGCGGCCUGCUGGCCUUCGCCCAGGUGGGCGGCAACGACCAUGACACCUGGCGACGUCCGCGCUCCGAGAGUUCGGCGGACGCGGAGAGUGUCUACAUGACCAACAUGGUCAUCGACUCCGGCUACCACGGGAUGCACUCGCGCAAGUCAAGCAUCAAAAGCACGAAUACAAUCAAAAAGUCGUACACCUGCUUCGGCAGCAUCAAGGAGUGGUGCAUUGCGUGGUGGCACUCCGGUCGCGAGGACUCCGACGACUUCGCCUACGAGCAGGAGGAGCCUUCUGAUUUAGGGUAUGCAACACCAGUAACAAUUGAAACUCCUUUACAAAGCUCCGUCUCCAGAUGCACCUCGAUGAACGUGAUGCGGGACAACUACUCGAUGGGCGGCAGCGUGAGCGGCGUGCGUCCGCCCAGCAUUCUCCUGUCGGAUGUCUCGCCCACGCCGCUGCCACGCCCACCGCUCGCCUCCAUCUCGCAGCUGCAGGAAAUGAGUGCGGUUGCGGCGAGCACAACGGCGAAUGUGAAUCCCAGUGGCAAUGGCAAUGGCGCCAUCAACAACAACAACAACAGCAGCCACAACGGGAACGGCGCAGUGAACGGGAAUGGGGCCGGAAACGGAAGUGGAAUCGGACUGGGUACAACCGGAAAUGCGACGCACCGCGACUCGCGCACUCUGCCCGUUAUCAAUCGCAUUAACUCACGGUCGGUGAGCCAGGACUCCGUGUACACGAUACUCAUCCGCCUGCCUUCCGACGGCGCAUCCAGCAAUGCGGCCAACGGAGGAGGGGGUGGCGCUGGUGCCGGGGCAGCUGCCUCCGCAGCCUUGAGCAUGCAAGGCGACUGUGCGCCCUCCAUCAAGAUGAUACACGAGGACGGGCCCACGACGACGGCCGCGGCAGCUCCUUUGGCAAGCGCCGCAGCCACCCGACGACCUUUGCCCUCGCGAGACUCUGAGUUCAGCCUGCCACUCGGACGGAGGAUGUCCCAUGCCCAGCACGAUGCCAGGCUACUCAACGCCAAGGUCAUACCCAAGCAGCUGGGCAAGGCUGGGGGCGGGGCAGCGGGCGUCGGAGUGGGCGGGGCCCACGCCCUCAUGAACGCCCGCAAUGCGGCCAAGAAGAAGAAGAAAUCGCAGGAGAAGCGGCAGGAGUCGAAGGCGGCCAAGACGCUGUCGGCUAUCCUGCUGAGCUUCAUCAUCACGUGGACUCCGUACAACAUCCUGGUGCUGAUCAAGCCGCUGACCACCUGCUCCGACUGCAUUCCCACGGAGCUGUGGGACUUCUUCUACGCCCUGUGCUACAUCAACUCGACGAUCAACCCCAUGUGCUACGCCCUGUGCAACGCCACCUUCCGGAGGACCUACGUCCGGAUCCUCACCUGCAAGUGGCACACCCGGAACCGCGAGGGGAUGGUGCGCGGCGUCUACAAUUAGAUAAUUAAUACUUAAUCACCCAUCAUCUGGCCGGUUAACUACUAGUAGUUGCAAUAAGUGUUGUGCGCUAGAAUUUUGGGGGCAGUAAAACCAAAACUAGGCUUAGGAUUACCCAUUGACAAGCAGUACUGAUUUUUUGAUGUCUAGCCCCCGACUAUAUACACGCAUCACCCUUCCCGGAGGGUUGCCAUACAUAAUUAUUGCCAGAACUGAGGUUUCGCGGUGUGAAGAUAAGUCUUAGGACAGUUUCAGAUGGCAUAUUUCGCACAAAGAUCAGAAAUGAGUUCUCUAUUGAUUGAGGAUCUAGUUAGGCAGGAACUUCCACCUACUUACCUCUUCCCAGCCAAGUUAGACCCACGAAGUUCGAACAACUGCUUCCAAGUAAGCCAAAGAUCUCAUUAAGGUAUCUUUAGACUAGUUCCCCCGGCAACCCUCCGCAGCACCUGGUCAAAUCAGAGUUAUCAGGAUGAUCACGGUCCCCCAGGAGGAGGAUGAUUCCAUUUUGUUAGGCGUUUACGUACUGUUAGGUAGGCACAUGCUCGAUGCAGGAAGAAUUUAAUACAAAUAUAAUGGAUUACGAUUUGCAAUUCAUACAUACACACAUAUAAGAUAUAUAUUUAUUAUUAUACACAUGGCAAAUGAGUUAGCUUAAGUUGUUGGCGAAAGGCGGAGAGGCAUAAACCAAAAAAGCUUUAAUACAAGUUCAAAGUAGGAGGAUUAAGUUCCGCGGGCAACGAAUGGCGGUUGCAUCUUGGCCAACCAAUGGAAUCGUUUGGUUCUCGUUACGAUUUUCGUUGUGUGGGCGGGGGGACAUGAUGGGAUAUGACAUGUAUUAAUCGUAGGGGGAAUAUUGUGAUUGUACUGCUCGUUUCCAAUAGUUAAAUCUGUUUUUUUGUACAUGUGUGUAGAAACCAAGAUAGAAGGCCAAACAGCGUCAACCGUGCAAAUCAAUUUGUAGACACAUACCUGCUAAUAUAUCGGAAUAUGUAUGUAUAAAAUAACGAUUAUUUGUAUGUAUUAAGAACGCAACCCACCAUGGUUCGACAACUAAGAACAAACCUUUUGUAACUGACGUGGCAAAUGUCCCCGCAACCGGGAUGAUCUUAGCCUCUUAACCCAAGAGUAACAGAGUAACAGUAACGCAAGCAAUAUGUUUGGGGCACGUGUGUCGAAGAGAUGGCCCAGUUGAGGAGGAUCAGGCCACAGACACGGACGAGGGGCGGGAAUCAAGGAUCAAGGAUCAGGAGCAUGAGCGUGGGCGUGCACGCGCGGACCCGGACACUAGACGGAUAGUAUUAGUAACCCUAACAAUAGGUUGUGCUGAAAGUGGCCAAUCCGUCGACUGGCGGACCAUCUCUUUGGGCAGCAUCCCGAAUCGAACCACAACUCAUAGCUAUUAACCAAUUGCUUCUUCGAAGUGCACCAAUUUCCAGUAACUAACUAAUAGUGAACCGCAAGCAUAUUCACAUUCAAGGCAUAUGAGAGAGUAAAAUACAUACAGUGUAAGCAAACGACAUCCAGGUACUACGAUAUAUUCGAUGCGAUCGGGGAGCGAACAUUUUUAAUGAGUGUGUAGGUAACUAAUUGAAAUAUUAACAAAUUGUUGGCCCCAGUUAAUCCGAGUGGCGCGGGGCCUGGUGCGAACCAAGCCGGAAUCAAAGCGACAUUUGUAGUGUCUGUGACACAGCAUGCAUAUUUAUACCUAACGAUACGAUACGAUAUAUACAAGUACAUAUAUAUGAAUACGGCGUUUAAUAUGAAGUAACGAUACCGAGCAACAAGAAGAAGAACAAGCGUAAGCAACCAACCAAACCAACCCAAGAGACAUGAUUUACAACCACGCACACACAUCCUAAUGAAGCAUAUAGUACUGCAAACAAUAUAUAUCCGACCCCAGCCAACGCGAGUCGAGCAAACCAAUCCGAAAUACCUACAUUUAGCCUUUAGACGUACAUAUUUAACACUCGAUUACAAAUAGAUCACGUUUUGACUACCAAGAGAAAGGUUCGACAUGUAGGAUUACAACCAAGAACA